AUGAGUCGUGGGAUUCCAAAAGAGGGAAAGUCGGAAGUUGAAGAAACUCUUAAAAGAAUUCAGGCUCAUAAAGGCGUAAUUGGUGUUAUCAUCGUCAGCAGUGAUGGUAUUCCUAUUAGAACGACACUUGAUAACUCAACAACCGUACAUUAUUGUUCAUUGAUUCAGCAGCUCACUUCUAAAGCUCGAUCAGCUGUGAGAGACUUGGAUCCUUCAAACGAUCUAACCUUCCUGCGCAUAAGAAGCAAGAAAAACGAAAUUAUGAUGAUUGUCUUAAUUCCAAUUAUCCUUGCUAAUAUGGAUGAUGAUUCUUAUGAUGAAGCUGAUCCGAUCUGA